UAUUGAAUUUUAUCAGUGCGGUGUUUCAUUUCAUAAGGGGAAGUCGUUUCUUCGUGCUCGCUUAUUGAUUUCUUCGUUAUUAAUGUGUUAUUCUAGUGUUUGUAUUGAAAACAUGCCGAAUAUAACACGGGAAUAAAUUCGUUUCGUAUUUAUGUGCUUUCCUCUGAGUGUACUCUUAAAAACAUUCAAUAAACAACCAUAAUAUUGAUUAUUGACUGUCCAACCUGUGUUUAUAUUUCCAAAGGAAGUCGCCUGCAAAAUGUCAACGAAUUGAACACACGGAAACCGCCAAUAAAUACGAACGAACGAAUUAUUUGUCUGUGCGAUGCGUUCAGAAACGUACGGAUUAUAUUAAAUCAACUGUAAUGCAGUUUUAGAACGCGCGAAAGAGAAGCGAGCGAGACGCACAGCUGGGUUCGAAAAUAGAACAUUCAAAAAUAGUGAAAAAAUGUUGGGCUCCAAGUCAGUAUCGGGGAGACCGUCGGCGGGUGAACACGCCGCAUGGUGGGAAACACCAUGGAAAACUAUGGCUGACCUUGCAGAAGCCGUCGACGACCUCAUAUGUAGCUUCGACUAUAUGGACACAGCCAUGGAUAAUCUAGUGAUGCUCGUAUUCAUUUGGAUCGUUUUCUCGAUAGUGUUGCUGGGGAUCGCGAAAUGGGCGUACGGGAAGUUCGGGGCGAGGAAAGUAGAAGAGAAGGCGGAGAAGUCGAAAGCGGGCGACGAAACGAAGAAGACAGCGAACGAAAUAAUCAGCAGUGCUGAUAGUGUGCUGGCGACUAGUGCUAAGAUAAAGAGUGGCGCCUUCAAGCCGACGAAACCGACCAGCUUCGUCCCGGCGACGCCGCCGAACAAAAAAAGAUUGGGUCGCAUGUCCCCCGGGCCGGAGCAGUUGUCGCUGAAGAAACACCACAGCGUCAUAGUGCCAACCUGCACGGGCGCGGACCCCGCGAGCGUGCAGUGGGUGAAUGAGCUGUUGACGUGGUUAUAUAAUGAUUUGGUUAUUGUGAAUGAACUUGUGCAGCAAUGGAUCGUGUCCAUGAACGAGUUCUCGAAGAAAUCGGUGGAAGAGCAAGGCAUCGGCGUGGAGCUAGUGAGGGCGCUGGAUAGCAACCCACCUAACGUCUCGAAUAUCUUCUGCGAGUGUGACAGCAAAGAUGACGUCACGAUCACCUGUGACUGCGAAGCGACACCAGCCUUCCAGCUCAAAGCCUUCAGCCAGAGGGGGGAGAAAGUGGAGGUAUCACACUACAGAGUUAAUGUUAACAGAUUUCGUGCGCGACUCCACGUAACAUGCAUUACAGACAAACUGACUGGUGAACUCAAGUGCGAUGGGUGGCCAGAAGUGAAAGUGGCCCUUGCACCCGUGGGGCCAUUGCGGCCCAACACCGCUGAGAGCAACCUGCAACAGUUGGUCAGUGACAUCAUAGUAAGCGCUCUCCGAAACACAAAUCUGAAGUUCAACUUGGCCCCAUACCCCACUUGCCCCAGACUGAGGAGGUAUAUGGCGGAAUCUACCCCGAGACUGCCCCUACAUUAUGACUCUAUGCUACAACAAGAUAGGCAUAUGUACACAUCAACUCCAAAUUCCACAGCCGGUUGUAUCCAACUGUUGGGCGAUAAGCGACUUUUGGUUAAAGUGGUGGGAGCUAAGGAUAUAGGAGGCAAAACCGGUUGCAUAGCGCCGUAUUGCGUAGUGGAAAUGGAUGAACCGCCGCAGAGGAAUCAAACAGCCUUCAAAAAGGACACGUCAAGCCCUCAAUGGGAGGAACAUUUCCUAUUUGACCUAUCGCCUCAAACAGCGGAAUUGCUCUUCGAAGUGUAUGACAGAACAGGCCCCCCCUCCCCUGGGGGGGCGACUACACAAAAUAGGUUCCUAGGUUUAGGUCUGGUGGGGAUAGACGAGCUGCUGGCGGCGCCCUCGCAGCGCCAGCAGAUAGCGCUGCAGACCAGGCCCAUGGAGGAACAUGAUGUUAGCGGGAGCCUCACUGUGGAGUUCCUAUUCAUAGAGGGCGCUGAUAUACCGGACCUAGGGUCUAAGCCCAUGAAAAUCAAAGAGAGCCUACGGACACUAUCACCUCAAGGCCAAAUGACGACAACUACCAAGACCAUCUUCAAGCAGAAUGGUCAUGAAAAUUCAGCGCUAACUGAGACAGCCCUAAGAGAGCUAGAACUAAGUCCUAGUAAUGCUAACAAGUCUACGCUGAUUAUUCAUUCAGUACAAAGGGAGCCAACGAAAUCAAUAAAGGUCGAACUGACAGAUUCUGGGAAGUUCAUCGAAGUAGAAAGAGAAGCUAGCAUCAAAGAGAGUCCAGGUGACAGAUCAAUUGAGACAAAUGACAAAAUAAGUGAAAAGGACGAAAACAUAAGUGACACAGAUAAAAAAUCGGACGCGGCACAAGAAAAAACGGAAGUGACGUCAGUAACGGCCAGCCCGAAACAGUCGCCCGCCAAAAGCGUAAGAAUAAAAGAAAAUGGCGCCAAAUCGAACGGCGCAGAGGCGCAAGGAGACUACGUAAACAACCAAGAACCGCCCCCGGAGCCCGCGCCUAGGCAGAAGAGGAAAAGAGAUUUCUUUGGAACUAUAAAAAGAAGGCUAGGCAGAUCCCGUACGCGAGGUCAAUCCCUCGAUCUGACUGACUCUGAGGUAGAAAAUCAGCGCCUGCGCAGCAUUAGCGCCGAGAGGAAUAGUCACGAUAAGACUUUAUCACUAGCAAAUAGGAACGUGUAUUCAGCCGGGGCGUCGCCCGCGCAGUCCGGGGACGAGUCGAGGACAUCGCGAAGGUCCUCUCUCAGUGAAGUCUCCGGAUUUAGUACGGCAUCAGCUAGGACGUUCAUCCACGAAGCGUCCACUUUAGUGCUAGAGACCAUCGAGGCUGGUAUCAAAAAGCAUUACCUAGUCCCGCUGACAGUCGCCCAGAGAUCAAGAUGGCGGAGAAAAGGCGUCAAGCUGCACAUUUACAAUGAGCAUACAUUCAUCGCUAAACAUCUUAGCGGCGGAACGGUGUGCGAGGUGUGCAACAAGACGGUGGCGCGGCGGCUCGGCAAGCAGGGGUACGAGUGCCGCGACUGCGCCAUGCGCUGCCACAAGCACUGCCACGUGCGCGCGCCCGCGCCCUGCCCGCGCUCCACCGUGCACAACAUGGAGCUUGAAAACUCUCAAGAAUUUUUUUACUGGUCCCAUUCCCAUAGCUUUGGAAAUGGAAGAUCCAUGCUCCCAGUGCUAAAUGAAUAGACAUGCUAUGAGAAGACUGCAAGAAAAAAUUUAAAAAUCCAAAAAAAUCAGGGCUUACAUCUCAUCGCCAUAUACGGAUAAGAAUAUAAGGAUGUUGUGAUCUUUUAUAUAAACGUAGCUUACGCACAAAUGAGCUGUUUACUUAAUAUAUAAUAAAUUGUUUAUUAAAUUAU